AUGGCUCCCUGGUGCCCCAGCCCCUGGCUCCCUCUGUUGACCGCAGCCCCUGCCCAGGGCCCUGCCAUGCAACUGCUGCUGUUACUGGUGCUCCUGGUGCCUUCCCAUCCCCAGAGUCUGCCCUGGAUGCAUGGGGCCCCCCGCAUGGGAGGAGAUUCAUCUGGGGAAGAUGAUCCGCUAGGUGAGGAGGAUCCAGAUGGUGAGAAGGAUCUGCCCAGUGAAGAGGACCCACCUGGAGAGGGGGAGCUACUUGGAGAGGAAGAGCCACCUGAAGUUGAGACUGACUCAGAGGAAGAGGACUCUCUAAGGUUAAAGGAUCUACCUACUGAGGCUCCCAGGAAUACGCAAGGUCAAAAAAAUAAUGCGCACAGGGAAAGAAAAGGGAAUGACCACAGUCAUUGGCGCUAUGGAGGCGGCCUGCCAUGGCCCCAGGUGUCCCCAGCCUGCGCAGGUCGCUUCCAAUCCCCGGUAGAUAUCCGCCCGGAGCUCGCCGCGUUUGGCCCUGCCCUGCGACCCCUGGAACUCCUGGGCUUUGCGCUCCCGCCACUCCCAGAAUUGCGUCUGCAAAACAAUGGCCACACCGUGCAGCUGACACUGCCUCCGGGGCUGGAGAUGGCCCUGGGUCCCGGGCGGGAGUACCGGGCCCUGCAGUUGCAUCUGCACUGGGGGGCAGCGGGUCGCCCGGGCUCGGAGCACACGGUCAACGGCCACCGUUUCCCUGCUGAGAUCCAUGUGGUUCACCUCAGCACCGCUUUUGCCGAAAUUGAUGAGGCCUUGGGGCGUCCAGGAGGCCUGGCGGUGUUGGCCGCUUUUCUGCAGGAGGGCCCAGAAGAAAACAGCGCCUAUGAGCAGUUGUUGUCACAUUUGGAAGAAAUCGCUGAAGAAGGCUCAGAGACUCAGGUCCCAGGACUGGAUGUAUCCGCACUGCUGCCCUCUGACCUCAGCCGCUACUUCCGAUAUGAGGGGUCUCUGACCACACCCUCCUGUGCCCAGGGUGUCAUCUGGACUGUGUUCAACCAGACAGUGAAGCUGAGUGCCAAGCAGCUCCACACUCUCUCUGACUCCCUGUGGGGGCCUGAUGACUCUCGGCUGCAGCUGAACUUCCGAACCACACAGCCUUUGAACGGGCGAAUGAUCGAGGCCUCCUUUCCUGCAGGAGCAGACAGCAGCCCUAGGACCUCUGAGCCAGUCCACCUGAACUCCUGCUUUGGUGCUGGUGACAUCCUGGCCUUGAUUUUUGGCCUUCUCUUUGCUGUUACCAGCAUCGCCUUCCUUAUGCAAAUGAGAAGGCAGCAAAGACACGUAAACAUGGCCAAAGGAAGUGUUAGCUACCACCCAGCAGAGGUCACCGAGACAGAAGCCUAGAGGCCUGGAACUUGGAGAAUGUACAGAAAGAAGCUGGCUAGAAGAAUCUAAGGGGAAGCUGGAAAACUGUGUCCUUGCCUGUCUCUGUUACACCACUUCCUUUUUAACCUCCAAAGAUUUUUGAAAAUAAGCUU